AUGUCUAUGGCAAGGAAGGGCCCAGCAAAGAGAGAAUACCUGAUAGUUGCUGUGCUGUGCUAUGCAAAUUUAAUAAAUUUCAUGGAUUGGUUCCUUGUACCAGGGAUCCUGUUAAAUAUACAGAAAUACUUCGAGCUUAGCGAUGGGGACACAGGUCUACUGCAAACAGUGUUCAUCUUGUGUUACAUGCUGGCUGCCCCCAUCUUUGGAUACCUCGGUGACCGGUACAAUAGGAAGAUCAUCCUUGGAGCUGGUAUUUUCUUCUGGUCUGGUGUGACAUUGGGCAGUUCAUUCAUCAGUGAAUCGUAUUACUGGAUAUUCUUUCUUUCACGAGGACUAGUUGGCGUUGGCACGGCCAGUUAUUCCACAAUAGCACCCACCAUCAUUGCAGACCUGUUUGAGGAAGGAAAAAGGACCACAAUGUUAUCUAUCUUCUAUAUCUUCAUUCCAGUGGGAAGUGGUCUUGGUUAUGUCCUAGCAGCUGGCAUGGCACAUGUCACAGGUGACUGGCACUGGGCAUUCAGGAUAACUCCUUGCAUGGGAGGUCUAGCACUGGUUCUUCUGAUCCUACUGGUCCCUCACAGGACCCAGAGAAGGAUAGCAGCACACAGAGCACUGAGCAUCUCCGGCACAAUACGAGUAGCAGCUGAGAAACCAGGUGUGCACAGAACUGCCAAGGCUACUUGGUGUCAAGAUGUCAUAUCACUUGCCAAGAAUUGGAGUUUUGUCUGGUCCUCGCUGGGUCUGACUGCCAUGGCCUUCGUUACUGGUGCCCUGGGAAUGUGGGUACCGGUGUUUCUUUACAGGGCUCAGGUUGUCCAGGGCAUUGUAUCACCGUGUGAUGAUAAAACCUGUGAUUCAUCUAACAGCCUAAUAUUUGGAGGCAUCACCAUUGGGACAGGGAUCUUGGGCGUCAUUGCUGGCGCAGAAGCUGCAAGAAGAUUAAGGAAGAUAAACAACAAAGCUGAUCCUCUGAUCUGUGCCACAAGCAUGUUCAUUUCUGCUCUUUGCCUCUACAUAGCUCUGAUGGUGGCCCAGACAAACAUUCUUUCCACUUUUAUUUUUAUUGCAUUUGGAGAACUGUUUUUGUCUGUAAACUGGGCUGUUGUGACAGACAUACUGUUGUAUGUUGUGACACCAAGACGGCAGUCUACAGCUAUUGCCCUGCAGAUUUUGGUGAGCCAUUUGCUGGGAGAUGCAGGCAGCCCAUAUCUCAUUGGUGCUAUCGCCCAUGCUAUCCAGGUCAAGAAUGCUCACUCAUUCCGGUGGAGUUUCUGGAGCAUGCAGUACAGCUUCAUCACGUGUGCUUUUGUUGGUGUCUUUGGAGGAGCUUUUUUCCUCCUGACAUCUUUCUACAUUGAGGAAGAUCGUAAGGAAGCGGAGCGGCUUUGAGGUUUCUAUAUAUCUUUAUAACUUUUAAACCUGUAUCUGAUUGCUUUCCUGUUUUUACAUUAGCCAUGAUAUUGGCUCUGUAUAAAGUUAAAACACAAAUAUCUG